GACUUUCCUCUCUCUUUUCGGUCCGCCUAAAAAUUCGUAUCAGAACCGUGCUUACGAAUGACCUCGCAUCGGUCGAUUUGCAUGGGGUCUAUUAAAGGAAUUGUCGCGCUGCGUAAAGUUGCAUGUUAAAGCUCCCAAUUUGAUGAAAGAAAAAUAAAUCCCCAAAGCAUUCAUUCGUUGCUUUUGGUUUUUUCCCUUCUCUACUUUUCUGACGCAGGGAGAAAACAAAACCACAACCAUGAGUAAAAAUGACUUGAUUCACGAUGACGGGGCGCACGAGGCACCUCCUCCGCCGUACGAACUUCACUCGACCGGAGAUGUUCUCUCCAUGUCGGCGGCCGUUACAGCUACUGGAUCUGUCGAUGUCGCAUUCGCAUCGACUCUACCAGCCGAUUUGAAGCAGCUGAUUGAUAAUCAGCAAAAUCAACGACAGCAAAACGAGCCUCAGCCAAAUGCGCUGUCAAGUAAUCUGGGUUCGACGCCGACAGGAAACAUUCCUGGCUUGAAUAUCGUGAUCCAGGUCGUUGGUAGUCGAGGCGAUGUGCAACCUUUUAUAGCACUCGGCGUGGCUCUCAAACGAAGCGGCCAUCGUGUUCGUCUCGCCACGCACGACACGUUUGACAAGUUUGUGAGGGAAUCGGGUAUCGAGUUUUAUCCCAUCGGUGGUGACCCUGCCGACCUCAUGGCAUACAUGGUCAAGAACCCCGGUCUGAUCCCUUCCCUCGAGUCUCUAAGAGGGGGCGACAUUGGACGGAAGCGAACAAUGGUCAGGGAAAUGCUCCAUGGUUGUUGGCUAUCUUGCAUCGACGCGGACCCCAUCUCCGGGGCGCCGUUCGUCGCCGACGCUAUAAUCGCCAACCCGCCCAGCUUCGCCCACGUCCACUGCGCCCAGGCAUUGAGCAUCCCAGUGCACAUCAUCUUCACCAUGCCGUGGUGCGCGACGAGGGCUUUUCCCCAUCCGUUGGCCAACAUCAAGCAAAAAGGCAUUGAGCCCGCCAAUGCCAACUGGCUGACCUACGGUGUUGUGGAUCUCAUGACGUGGCAAGGACUUGGCGACGUGAUCAAUGGGUGGAGGAAGCAAGAUCUUGAGCUGGAACCUCUAGCCGCUUCCAUGGGCCCCGGUAUCACCUCUUAUCUACGCAUUCCGCAUACAUACUGCUGGUCGCCUAGUUUGGUCAGCAAGCCAGCAGAUUGGGGCCCUGAGAUUGAUGUUUGUGGAUUCUUUAUGCGAGACCCGCCCGCCUACCAACCCCCACCGGAACUGGAAGCCUUCCUAUCAGCUGGUCCUCCCCCAGUCUAUGUCGGAUUCGGAAGUAUAGUUCUGGAUGACCCAGAACGGCUCACAAAUGUCAUCCUCGAAGCCACGAGGAGAUGUGGGGUUCGCGUCAUCAUAUCGCGAGGAUGGAGCAAACUUGGUGGAGACUCUCCCAGCAACGAUCACGUCUUUUACCUGGGAGAUUGCCCUCAUGAAUGGCUUUUCACAAAAGUCUCAGCCGUGGUGCAUCAUGGUGGAGCUGGUACAACGGGAUGCGGCUUAAGCAACGGGCGCCCUACUAUUAUUGUACCAUUCUUUGGCGACCAACCGUUCUGGGCCAACGUGGUAGCAGCCGCUGGGGCCGGACCAAGACCGAUCCCUCAAAAGAAGAUCACCGUUGAAAGGCUCACAGAAGCGUUGCAGUUCGCCCUUUCACCCGACGCAACUAAUGCUGCUGCGAUAUUGGCACAGAAGAUGGGGCAAGAGGAUGGCGUUGCAACCGCCGUGGAAUCCUUCCACCGCUGGCUUCCCCUCGAACAGAUGCGCUGCGAGAUCGACCCCAGCCGCGUCGCCCGAUGGGAAGUCGAGGUCAAGGGUAAACGGCGUCUGCGAUUGUCCGAUGCAGUAGUCUCUACUUUACUUGCUGAAAAGAAGAUUAAGCAGGAUGAUCUUUAUGCCCUGAAAUCCAAAAAAUACAAUACCGACGUGCAGCGAUGGGAUCCCCUUACCGGAGGCGCGGCGUCGACCUUGGGGAUAAUGACCGACUUCACUACCGCUCUAGGUGGUACGUUUAUCGACCCUUUCCGGGCCUACAAGCUCAAAAGGAAAGACGGAGGCAGCGGGUCCGCCGGCGGUGCCGCAAUGAUGACCGCGGCUGGUGGCGUCGGCUCCAUGGUUGGAGUGGUGACCAAGGGGACUUUGGUCGAUACGCCCUUGGCCCUCGCCGAAGGUCUUCGGAACAUCCCAAAGCUGUAUGGCGAAGAGGUCAAAAACCAUGGUCAAGUCACAGGAGUUGCAAGUGGAGGUGUUGUUGCUGCAAAGAACUUUGGUCACGGCUUUUACCAUGGCUUGACUGGAUUUGUGACACAGCCGUAUAAAGGGGCAAAAGAAGAAGGAGCGUUGGGUUUUCUCAAGGGUGCCGGCAAGGGUACAGCUGGACUCAUUGUGAAGCCGGGAUCAGCAAUGUUUGGACUAAUGGCCUACCCCGCUCAAGGAGUUUACAAGUCUAUCAAGGCUGCAAGGGGGCGCAAAGCUACCGUCAAAAAGUCAAAAUCGGCUUUGCUCGAGUGGCCAGCGCCGGCGGGCGGUUCGCAGACUGAUAGCAGAAAGGUUUGUACUCAUUUCGACGCGCUGUCUCGAGCCUCCAAAUAAUAGCUUUGACUGGGCUUUAUACAUGGAGUAGUCAAUUAUUUGCCAGAUAAGUGGUCGUGAUUCGAGCCAAUAAUUUCCUUUUCCAUGGCAAAUCUUUGUAGCAUAAUCAAGGGGCUAUCUGUGUCUUAUUGCCGGACUCGGGGUUGAAAUAGCAAAGUUACAAGGUCGGCAUA